AUGAAGUUCACCAAGAUACAACGUAUCGAAUUCCUUCUUGAAGAGAUCCAGGAGAUCGUUCAGUCAAUGAAAGCGGAGAAGGGCGACUAUGUACCGCAUCGGCAUACAACACCCGAGGCCAUCCGAACGUCGAACAUGAUCCCCCUGUCAGAGGCUAGUAGCGGGACUUACAGUGGAGCCCAACAAAGCACUGGUACGAACAGCCAGGCAGGAAGCAGCGUUAUAGCAGAGAAAGACAUUCGCGAACUCUGUGUCCGGUGUUUUAAUACAUGGGAAGCGAGUAUUAAAGCCGGUCAAUUUGAUAUCCCGGACUGUGAAUGGGAUGAAGGCCGAAAUCUGAAAAAAUGCCGGUACUGCUCUAGCCGUAGAAGCGAAUGUGUCAAGAUCCCUACGUCUCUACGUAAAGGGGUUAUUCGUCGAAAGGCUGAACUACACCGGGAAACAUUAGACGGCGAUAUUGAAGAGAUUAGACGGAACCAGAAGAGGUUCACCGAGAUAUACUUUACUACGCAUGGUAAAGUUAAGGGAACGCUCUCAAGUGAGGAGCGGCAACGACGACGACAGCGAGCCGCAUUGCAACGUGAGGAACAGAGGAAGAAGGACAUCCGAAGGCAUUCCGAAUGUAUAUAA